AAGUAGGGAUACGGAGUCACACUAUUCAACAGUUAAGAGUUGCUACUACAUGCGGUUCAGCAGAAGCCGAUUGUAGUUGUGCUGUUCGACGACCACUUGUGAUUAGGACUCUGUACCUAUUGUUUUUUAGUUUUACACCUUUACAAAUGAUUCGAAUAAAAGCAACCCUUUUGGCACUUGCCGUUUACGUAAAUAUUGCAAGCGCAAUUCCAUAUGCUGAUGAUUUACCACCUGGUCCCUAUUGUGGAGCGCGCCCCAAUGCGUGUUGUAGAGGAAGAAUGGAUGGCUGUUCGGCCCCUAUUAUAGGUACGCUUUGUUAUUGUGAUGAUUUCUGUGAUCGCGUCAGGAGUGACGAUUGUUGCCCUGAUUUUCAAGCUGUGUGUCGAGGAAAUUACACAGUGCAAGAAAUUAGAGUGUGUCGAUAUAAGGGCCAGUACUAUGCGUAUGGCAAAACUGCCAAAGAGAAUUGCAACAUAUGCAAAUGUGAGCAAGUUGGCUCAACUGUGGAGAUGCUUUGUGAAAGAAACACCUGCAUAGUUGAAGAAAAUAUAAUCAACGCAGUCAAUCAGAGAUACGACCAGCAUCAGUGGAGAGCUUCCAAUUACACAAAGUUUUGGGGUAGACGUCUAGAUGAGGGAAUCAAAUUGAGACUGGGCACAUUACAACCCCAUCGUUUCGUUAGGCGAAUGAGUCCGGUUAGAAGAAUAUACGACCCUAACUCUCUGCCACAUCAGUUCGAUUCCAACCAAAAGUGGCGCGGUUAUAUUUCACCCAUCCAAGACCAGGGCUGGUGUGGCGCUUCCUGGGCAAUGUCCACUAGUGCUACCGCAUCCGAUCGAUUCGCAAUUCUUUCCGAAGGGCUCGAACGAGUUCAACUGAGCGCACAAAACUUGCUGUCGUGUAACAACAGAGGGCAACAAAGCUGUAAUGGUGGGUAUUUAGAUAAGGCCUGGCUUUUCUUCAGGAAAUACGGAAUAGUGGACGAAAACUGUUACCGAUACAUUGGACAUGAUGACUCAUGCCGCAUUCCGAAAUUGGGCGAUCUUGUAUCGGCGAGAUGUGCGCUGCCACGCAAUGUAGGCAGAAAAGAAAAAUACAAAGUAGGACCCGCUUAUCGUCUAGCAAACGAAACUGAUAUCAUGUAUGAAAUCAUGACAUCUGGCCCGGUGCAAGCCACCAUGCGAGUUUAUCACGACUUCUUCACGUAUAGCAGUGGAAUUUACAGACACACGAACCUUGCGACGGACGACCGAACUGGCUAUCACUCUGUGAGAAUUGUGGGAUGGGGUGAAGAACCCGAUUAUCAUGGAAGGGUGCACAAGUACUGGCGCGUUGCAAACAGUUGGGGCGAAGAUUGGGGCGAGAAUGGAUACUUCAAAAUCGCACGUGGAAUAGAUGAAUGCGAAAUUGAAUCAUUUGUACUAGGCGCCUGGCCAUUCACAGUGGAUCCUGUUAGCAAGAAUGACGUUUAAUAAAACACUUUAGGAUAAAAUUUCUGUAAUUCUGUGCCAUCUCCUUUUUUUUUGUUGAUUUAAUACUGCCAGGCAAAGCAAAUAACUGUGUUCGUAAAAACUGCCAGAAUUGAUACUACUUUAUUGUUGCCACCGUUUAUAUUUUAUUUAUUAUUAAAUAGAAAGGCAACUCGUAUUAUAUUUAUUUUUAGUUAUUCCCAUGAAGCCUCUAAUACCGUAUUUAGCUAGCAUAGUCAUUGUUAAAUGCACUAAGAAUUAUUUUUAUAAUCUUAUAAAUAAAUUGUUAAUAAACACACCUUACCAUUGUA